CCUUAAAUCCGGCACCACGUCGCGAACUAUCUAAAUACAAAACAUCGAUGUUCUAUUUCGAUGGAACGUAACAUUUGAAUAUUGAAUAACGGCAUACUUUCGAAUAAUAGUGUUGUUCUAUCGCAUUUUAAUCGUCGAUUAAUAUGCAGUGUACAUCGACUUUUAUUUCUAAUUAAUUUAAAUUACUAACAAUAAUCCAAUAAGAAAUUAUCCUCAUAAAACUUCGUUUAGUGUCCUGUUAAGUACUGAGAAAACUAAAAAAGUUCUUAGUAACGCCUAAGAUUUAUGCUCACGUGUUACGGUAAACCGGUUCCUAGACUAUCAUAAAUUACAGCUACCAUCACUACUGCUACGAAACUGCUACGUUGGUAAUAAGCAUCAGCUUAAAAGCACUCGAUUUUUGAUCAAUUUAUAGUCCACAAACGCACGAAAUCGAGUCAACACGAAAGGGUAUUCAUUCAAUUAUGAAGGCAAACCAGAAUUGUGCAAACAUUAGUGGGAAGGGUUGCGUGACGGCGUACGCUAACAUUUAGCCGAGUGGUGUGUAAUAUGCCAGCUCUUUGGCAGUCAUCCCAGCGACCUAUGUAUGUACGCACAGUCUGGGUCGGUAACUUCAGACACGCGAUCCUAUCGCAUGACGACCCUUACUUUAUAAAGAACGCAAGGAAACGACGCCCGCAUUCUUCGGCCACUUGUGCGUCGAACAAAUUGGCGACACGGCAGAGCUCCCGGCUCAGCCACACCGACGAUCUCGAGCAUUGUUUAAGGAAGUUCAGCUUCGUCGUUACUAACGAACGGUCGACAUUGCGACCAACGAGCCCAAUCACUCCGGAUAUAGAAAAAUUGGACCUCUCCGAUGUGGAACCCGAAUCCGAGGAAAAGUUCUACCUAAAAGCCAACAUUCAGCCGAUAUACGAUUACAACACCUCCCGAAACAAGUUCGAGAGUCUUAAUUUAAAUUUAAAUAUGAAGGCGAUGAAAACUAACAGAACAGCCAGAUCCGAUGUGAAGGAAGAUAAUGAGUUAUCGGAACGUGUUUUACAGUGGUUGGAUUUGGCUGGAAAAGUUGACCUUCUAGCACCGAAUAACAAUGAAAGGAUGUCACAACCGCGUCACAGUUGGCCUGAGAUUCAAAGAAGGAAUAAUUUGACGAAAUCGAAAACUGUCAUCGAUAUGCGAGCUAAGGAGAACGGUAAAAUGCCAAAAGUUAGCGACAGUGCAAAAGUACAGCAAGGGCCUAUCGAUCGGCACGAUUUUUAUGUGCCGGCGUCAGCGAAUACUAUUGAGAACUACGCGCGACAGUCACGGAAUAUGAAGAACACGCCUCGGCACGAUACCUCCAAAACCAAAGAUAUUCUCAACAAGAAAACCAAAGAUAUACGAAACGGCAUAAUCGAAGCGCGCCAAAAAUUAGCUUCAGAAAGAGACGCAGUAGAAAAGCAAUACACGGAAUUAUUAAAUAAGAAACUUAUUCCAGAUUUAAAAGGAAAGAAGCAAGUGCACAUUUUCAUGCCGGAAAUGCCAAAGAAAUCUGGAUCGAACGACACAAGCAGAACUGAGAGUUUGCUAUCUCAAAUUUCUCAGCGAUCGCAAAAAACUAAAUAA